AUGAGACAUCGCCAGACUCCCACCCUGGAGGUCCCUGGGCAGCCUCCCACUGCCAAGGUUCCCAACACUGGCUGGCACCAGAAAUUCUCUGCCUUUAGGGCCAGCCUGCCCAGAGUUCUAGCCUUUGGCCCUGAGAAUGCCACUCCCACCUGCACAAGUGCCGAAGCCUUCCAGAAGACUCGCGAGGAAGGAACAGGAGCAGCUGUGCUGAGUUUGCCUGCUACACUAGCCACUCCUACUGCUGGCCGCUUCACUCCUGGAACCUUCACUAACCAGAUCCAGGCAGCGUUCCGGGAGCCGCGUCUUCUGGUGGUUACUGACCCCAGGGCUGACCACCAGCCUCUCACAGAGUCGUCUUAUGUUAACCUGCCUACCACUGUUCUGUGUAACACAGCUUCUCCUCUGCGUUACGUGGACAUUGCCAUCCCACGCAACAACGGGGCUCACUCUGUGGGUCUGAUGUGGUGGAUGCUGGCCCGGAAAGUUCUCCACAUGCGUGGCACCAUCUCCCGUGAACACCCGUGGGAGGUCAUGCCUGAUCUCUACUUCUACAGAGAUCCUGAAGAGAUUGAAAAGGAAGAGCAAGCUGCCGCCGAGAAAGCUGUGACCAAAGAGGAGUUUCAGGGUGAAUGGACAGCUCCAGCUCCUGAGUUUACUGCUCCUCAGCCCGAGGCUGCAGACUGGUCUGACGGCGUGCAGCUGCCCUCUGUGCCUACUCAGCAGUUCCCCACUGAAGACUGGAGCGCCCAGCCUGCCACGGAAGACUGGUCUGCAGCUCCCACUGCUCAGGCCACUGAAUGGGUGGGAACAACCACUGAGUGGUCUUAAGUUCUUCUACAAACUCUUAAAAAUGGAAAUAAGGUUGAUGGAAAAUAAACAUGAGUUU